GUGAACCGGCGCAUCCCGCGCCAACCCACGACCUCAUCUCCAAGCCAUCACAUCACGUACACCAUCACGGCGACAACUCACCUCAUCCAUCCCCAAUGUCUCGACGCAGCCGUUCCCGUUCACCAUCGUCCUCCCAACCACCACCGCUCCUCACCCACGGCGAAUCAACCACCGCAUUCUUGACCCACCUCGCCGAUAACCUUCUCCUAAGAGACAUUAGCGACUGCGUUCCUCUACAAGCAUCGGUAUGAGCGGUGGAAUGAGAAAAACAAGACACCCGAGUCGCAACGGCUCGAUGAACAUAUGCUCGCAAUAGCCUCCCUAAGCCUCGCGGCAAAAAGCACCGAACACCCCCGCCGCCUCCGCGAAUUCCUCCUCCCAUCCCACACCCUCGCCCAACCCCCAUCCACCCCACCCCUCACCUUCCCCUCAACCCUCUACGACACCCUCCGCCAAUCCCUCGUCAACUCCGAACACAUCCUCCUCCGCACCCUCGGUUUCGAACUCCGUUCCGACACAAAGGUACCGUAUUUCUAUCUACCUGAGCUUGUAUCCCGGUGUUUGGGGGUGGGGAUCACGGAGGAGGGGGGGGUUGCAACGGUGGGGGUUAUGGGGACGGCGUUGGGGCUUGAGGCGAGACGGUGGGCGAGGUGGGCUGCUUCGUCGAGGAGGUUUGCGUUGGGGUAUCCGGCGAAGACUGUUGCGGUGAUAUGUGUACGGAAAGCGGUGCAUGAAUUGGGAUUGAAAAUUGCGGGCGUCAAGGAGCGAGAGGAUUGGGAGCUUAUGGAAGAAGAGGAUCCGGACGCGAGGACGGAGAGAAUGGAGUUGGAGGAUGGAUUGGAGGAGUUUGUGGAGAGGGUGGCAGGGGCAUCAAAAGGUGGUGUUGAUCUAGAAGACGUGAGGGAGGGGAUACGGGACAUGACAUGGGCCUUUGCCUAGGAGCGUUUGAGAUCGUGCCACGCAGGCUUGAUGUAGAGUUUCGUGCAGCGAAAAGACGUUGAAAGGACACAAAUUUUGCUGCAGUGGACGAACAUUGUGUUGCUUUGGGGAUGCUCGUCGAAUUGAAUGUCGUAGGCGGCAAUAGCCGUAUUUUCGAUAU